AUGAGCGCUCGAGAGUCUCGGAGGGAAGGGCGACCCAUAUAUAAUCCAGCCUCGUAUCAGGAUAUUUGCCUUCACGCAAGCCAGUCUGUGUUAGAUGGUCUACGUGACGGUCUUAGGUUGAUGGAAGUGGAAUUCCCAUCCGUACCUGGUGAGGAUGCGAGCUACAAAGCAGCUUCGGAUGUUUACAUUGACCUGAAUAUUCAGUAUGCCCUCACGAUUUUCAAUAAGGUGUACAGGGAGACUGGUAAAACCUGUGAAAUAUUAGUUCCCGAUGGUCCUGAGUAUCGUCGUGCCAAGAAGGUUUUCUUGAACUCUUUGGAGCUCUCUGAUGGUUGUGCGCUUAACACUCUUGAUGGGAAGAAGACAGAAAACAUCUGGAGUUUUUUUGAUAAUACUUUUAGUGGCAAAGGACUUCGGACGCGCUCAAGUACUGACGACGACUGCCAGGGCUUCACUGCCGAUAUUUUUGUCGUUGUCAACCUAUCCACGGUUGACCUGCCUGGCACGGAACAUUUCUUUUCCCUUCUUUCCGACAACAGGCCACUGGUGUUUCUCAACAAUGAGCUUGACACGUUGCGUGCAGAUCUCGGCCUUUUCUCUUUUCCUCAGAAAGAUCUACACUAUCGUUUCCUUUCGAAGAUAAAACCUGUUUACUACCUGCGAACAAGGGCCUACUCGCGCACCAUAAGUGUGUCUCCUUUCGUUAUAAAUUAUUCUGGGGCAAUUUUCCGUGAAUAUCCAGCACCGUGGCAAGUCAUGGUAAAGCAAAACACGGGCGAACUCGUCUGCAUUGCAGAGGACGAAGACAGGUUUACGCUUGGCGAAGCAAAGCAAGAGAUGCUCACUGCUAUCGGAUUGAGCGAUGCAGACGGUUCGCCACUAAAGACCCUUCGCUCUGGAUACAAGACUAGCACCUGGUGGGAAGAGGAUAGUGACAUGGAGCAAUCUGCAGCCUGGAGAACUUAA